CGGUGAUAACAGGACUUCCGAAUUCGACGAAUUCUAGUGUUUUAAAACAUAAUCACUCUCUGGAUCGAUUGACCGUCAUUCCAUAAACCAUAUACAACAAGGUCAUUGGGUCAGAAAAUGGCGGACGUCGAGCAAUCUCGUCCGGUGGAAAAUCAGGCAAAGCACGUCCUGUACUGUGGAGUCUGUACACUGCCUGUAGAAUAUUGCGAAUUCGGCGGAACGGCGAAAAAGUGCGAAGACUGGCUGAAGGACACGCACCCGGACGCAUAUCAGCAGCUCUAUUCUGAAGAGGCUCUGACUUCCAAGUUAUCUUCACUUUCGGUGUCUGCCCAGGAGCGUGCUGCUAAGGAUGCGGCUAAAAAGGAGGCAAAGGCUGCCGCCGCAGAGGCACGCGAUGCAGAGCGAAAGGCUGCUUCCAAGGUACAGAUCAAACGCGUUGAACGUAACAAGCGCAAACAUGUCACCGUCAUCACGGGCUUGGACAUUUACGGAUUGGAGAACAAGAAGCUCGCCAAAGAGCUGGGCAAGAAAUUUGCGACUGGCUCCUCCAUGACUCGCUCUGCUGGAGGCACCGAGGAGAUCACUGUUCAGGGUGAUGUCAGUGAAGACGUGAAAGAAUGGUUGUUGGAGUUUUAUGCCAAGGAAAUCCCUGAGGUCAACAUUGAGCUUAUUGAAGACAAGAAAAAGAAGUCGAGCAGCUGAUUUAUUGUCUUUCGAUGACCUAUUAUAUAACGGCAGACUAAACGCUUAACGUACUAAAUCGGAUGCUUGGAUGCAACUGGGUAUCACACGCAAAAGCCAAUAGUAAUGCAAUGGAGUCGAGGCCGACCUUGACCUUCAGAGAG